AUGACCAACAAUCACUCCCAAAGUAACAUUGGAUAUAAAGCAUCCAGUAAUAACAGCCUGAAAAGUGGCAGCAGCUCACACAGAUGGAUAAAUCAGCUACGAACAUUACCAUCAAACCCACAAUCAAAGGACUUUCUUAAACUUGAAUAUCUUGAGGUGAAUUUGAACAAUUCUCGAAAAUUGAUCACAAAUUUGAAUUCAUUAAGUAAAGAAACUAAUGAGUAUAUCAAGAACGUUGAUCUACAAGUAAAUGGAAACUUGAUCCAACUAAAUCAAGUGGAUAAAGAACUAGCCUGGUUGGAGUGA